UUUCUGGAGAAAGCUGAUCGUCUUGUACAAUAUGGCUGUCGCUGUGGAAGCUUCAUUGAUAAAAGAUAGGUGCGAUAAACGAUCAUUCUUGCAUUAUUAAGGAAAUUUUUAUUAAGUUAUGAAACAUCACCCAGACAUGGACAUGUCCCCUCGAGCCAAGAGACCUCGGCAGAGUUACGCCGAGCACGAGGAAAUGCACAGAGACUAUGCUGAUUUUCGAAGAGAGGGAAGAGCAAAACACAGAAUGCGAGAAACCUACCGGGAUCGCUCCCCUCGCAGUGAGUAUGAAUAUGAUCGAGUCCUCCCUCGGCAUAAGGACGAGAGAGGUUUAGUUGAUCCGUUUGAUCCCAGGAGUGCAGAAAAACCAGAAUAUCGCUCACUGUGCGUCAGCGGGCUCCUGCCGCAGGUCCCAGAUAAUGUUGUACGUGACGCUUUGUGGCGUGAGUUCAAGAAAUUCGGAGAAUUCAACGUCAAAGUGACCCACACGCCAACAAAUGAAAGGUUAGCUUAUGUAAAUUUUCGCUAUCCUGAAGACGCCCGUGAGGCCAGGAACGCUCGAGGAAAGUUAAUCCUGUUUGAUAGACCAGUUCGUGUUGAGCCAGUUUUUAAACAUGUGAAAACGUUUGGUAAUUUCAAAAGUCAGAUGCCAAGUAAAAGACGUGGGAGUAUUAGCCCAGAAUAUCUGCCCCCCAGAGAACCGUUGUACAUGCGAAGGAGUAUAUCGCCAGCACAUUCAAUAGGCAGUGGUAGGGGUAUGCGCCAUGACAGCUUGGGGCGCGAAUUACUCCACAGAGAUAUGCGUGACAUGAGAGAUUCUCGUUCACGAGAUUUUGAAAGAUCUUACGAUUCACGUAGCAGACAGCCACCCCAACCCCCAGUUUCCUCAAAAGUGGAUAAAUUCCCUCAUCAUUUAGACCAUAUAUCCCCAGAAGAUGAUUCCAAAGCCACUCGGACCCUGUUUGUUGGGAAUUUAGAUUAUAACAUCACUGAGAAUGAGCUCAGACAUGUGUUUUCUAAAUAUGGAACCCUUGAAGAUGUGGAUAUUAAAAGACCACCCCAGGGCCAUGGAAAUGCUUAUGCUUUUGUUAAGUUCAGUAAUUUGGACUAUGCACACAGAGCUAAAGUUCAGUUGUCUGGGCAAAUGAUUGGAAAAUUUCAGUGCAAGAUUGGAUAUGGAAAAGUGACGCCUACCACUUGUCUCUGGGUUGGAGGUUUAGGAUCUUGGAUUCGUCCUGAAGAUUUGGCACGGGAGUUUGACCGUUUUGGUUUAAUUCACAGAAUUGAUUGGCCACAGGGAAAGAAUUAUGCCUAUGUUGUUUAUGAUAGCAUUGAUGCUGCCCAGGCUGCUAGUCAGGAAAUGAGGGGGUUUCCCCUGGGAGGCCCUGACAGGCGCCUCCGUGUUGAUUUUGUGGAACCUGCUCAUAUUUUGUCCCAACCUUCCCCCUCAGGCCGGUCCAGAGAUGGCAAAGAUGAUGAUUUUGAUACAAUAUCAAGACACAGUGAUCGUGAUGGGCGUGUUGAUCAAAGAGCCAAUAAUUUCAGAGAUCAUGAUAGGAACCGUAAUGGUAAUUCAGACCGCCCAUAUAAUUCUCGUCGUGGUGGCGGUGGCAAUCGUGAAAAAGAACCUCUGUAUCGUAAUCAGGAUAAUCAAAGGGAUAACGAAGAUAAUCGAUUCAGAGAGAAUGAAAACAGAAACAAAAGAUCAUUUGAUCGACACUCUGAAGAACAAAACCAUUAUGGAGGAAAACCAAGGACACCAAACAGUGAUUUCUGGGAUAGAGAUUCAAACAAGCGUCCCUCUUAUUCACCAAACAAAAGAUCUCGGUUUGGAAGCGAGGGAGAAAUUCGUGAAAGGGACCGAGAAAGAGAGAGAGAGAGAGAGAGAUCAUACAAUAAGGAAACCAGUGCACAUGUUUCCACCUCUGAAUUCCCAACAGUAGACCAUGUGGAAAACAUCCUUGACCUCAUGAAAAAAUUAUCCUGCGCAUGGACAGGAGCUUUAGUGUUGAAAAGCAGUGCAUUUCCUGCGCGUUUAUAUCAUGUAAGUGGCGAUGUGACCCUGGCGGAUGUGCUGAUGAAAGACGCGUCAAGCAGCGAUGCUAACAUGCUGAGAAUUACUCAACGCUUACGUCUAGACCAAACCAAACUUGAGGAAGUGGGAAAACGUGUCAGUGGCGCUGGAUCUUCUGGUUACUGUAUCUUUCUUGCUGUUCCAACGAGUAAUUUGAUGAUAAAGGAUCCAUCUAUUCAGCAGCGCCCUCUGAGAAAUCUUGUGACGUACUUGCAGCAAAAAGAGGCAGCUGGAGUUGUCGCUUUGCCGCCGUCCUCCCAGCCAACUGAGAAAGAGGCUGGAGUGCUUCACGCAUUUCCACCGUGUGAUUUUGGACACCAGUAUCUGCGGAAACGAGCACCAAAACUAGGAAGCAAACCUUUGAAUGAGGAUCACUUAGUGAUAGUUGUAGUGAAAGGCACAGUUUAAUUUUUCUACAUGUGGAUAUCUAUCAAGUUGUCUUCUAUUUUGAAUUUGUUUUUUUUUUUUUUUAUUCCUUGUGGAGUAGUUCUUAGUUUGAUGUCUGUGUCGGCUUGAAUAGUGAACAUUGUGGUCAUGCAUGCUUCAGUGUUUCCAUGGCAACCAGUAAAAAAAAAAUCCAGUUCCAUGGCAGUUGAUCAGCGUUUUGUUUCUACAUGGCAGCAGCCAAUCAUCUUUUUCGAGGAAUUUUCUGUAUCUCAAGAUAAAACCCAAAGAACAAUACGCCCAGGAAUAUCGUUUAAAAAGUAUUCAUUAGGACCUGCCAAAGUGUUUGUACAAAUUGGUGUUUUUUUGAAAAGAGGAAGUUUCACUACUUGCUCUCUCCAUCAUGAUGACUCUGUAAAGUGAAAAUGAGUUUAUUGGAACUGUCACAAGAAUCCCCUGUUUGGAAAGUUGCUCUGCAAGGAAAGUGAGUACACGUGAAUAUUUGUUGUGAAAGGACUUGGUGGAUUUCUCACUGUUCAUAUGGGAAGGGAUGUCAAGAUUCAGUUUAAAAAAAUAGUUCUUGAAAAGGAUGUGCUGCAUUUUUUGGUGACUUAAAAUUUAAAUUCCCCUUGGAGGAAAAACAAUUGAAAAUAUCCUUUUAUGUGCCAAUUUUAGAAAAUGUGCUUGUUUUUCCACAAUACAAGAUGGAGAUGUGAAUGUGAUGCAGUAUUGUGUCAUUCUAAAUUUCAAUUAAGACUUGAUGCAUACAACCAAAAGAAUAGAAAUUAUGAAAAGUCACCUUCGCAGUUUAUGAAAUAUUUGAAGGCUUUAUUUCCGAAAAGAGAGUUGGAGAUGGAAAAUGCUGGGAUUUGUUCUUCUGUAUGUUUGGAUGAAAAUUCUGUUGCAUAAUAAUCUAUGGAGGACAGUUAAGUUACAAGAAAGUGACACUGAGGAAAAUUCAAGCAUUCAUUCAUGUGUAUUGCAGUUAGGAAUGAGAAUGCCUUCACUUUGAAAAUUAUCCACUCUGAAAAAAAAUCAGCGCUGUUUUGGAAGAGGAAAUUGUCCACUGUCCCAGAGAAAGCAUUCGACGGAUUCACUGCAAGAAAUGUUCCAGAUCUGGUAUUAAGAUUCAGGAGGUGAUGGAAAGAUUCAUUCAAGUGUAAUUCCCCAUCAGCAAUGUGUAAAAUGAAGGAGUGAGCACGGAGCAGUGGUUCAGCAAAAUCCAUAAAGGUUUAUAUAUUUUUCAUCAUUCACCAGAGCGUUCCCAAUUCCCCAUAUGUAGAAGAACCAUGCUAUUUGAAAUGUGUCAUAUGAGCAUUGUGUUUGGAUUAUUCAUUCAUUGAUAUGACCUGCAGCAACAGGAGAUGGCUGGCUUGUGAUUCAGGCUUUCCUUGGAGUCAGAGCUCCAAGAAUCAGACAAAAUUGAGUCGUUAAAGUCAAAGGAAACCUGGAUCUACUGUGCUGCUGUAAUAAGUUAAUUAUCACGUUAUGAAAAUCAAUACAAGAUUUUCCCCAAGAGCUGGUUUACCACCUGAAGAGCCCAGCUUUCCCAGGCACCAUCAGAGACAAACAAAACGAGAUACUCACCAAGGGAAUUGUUAUGUCAUCACUUUUAUAAGUUUUCCUCUAUGAGGGAUGAAAUUGUGUUGAUGCUGCCAUUUUUUUUUUCACUUCUCGGUGAAUGGAUGCUUGGUACUUGGUGAUUGCGAUAAGCCUUCUCAUAAAUGAUGCCAUCUGAACUGUGAAGAUGAUUUCCUCACUAAAUCAUCAUCAAUAUUGUCACUAGUGCUGAAAACGCAUCAGAAAGCUGGGGAUUUGUGCUCAAUUGUGCGUGGUUAUCUUGAAAGAAAAAUGACUGUGUUUUAUGUGCUAAUCUCCCCCCUGGACUUCAUAGAGUGAUUUGAAUGGGAAAUUACAACAGCAUCAGACAGGAGCCGCAGAAUCACAAUUCCACCCUCUGAAGCUACAGAAGCUUUCCGCCUAAUAAAGCACCCCAGUAUUUUCUCCAUCUUAUAACCAGUCAACCAUACUUGGUUCCAAACCUACCAGUCUUCUAAGUGCAAAACACAGCCAAUCUCUUGGUGAUUGAAUUCAGAAAGGGCAAUUACUACAUAGUGGUGUCAGUUCUAAGAAAAGUGGUACUGUGUAAGUGCUUGUAGAUUAAACCAACAGAUGGUGGUGUCAGCUACUGCCCAGUGGUGCUUGCUACUGACUGGUGCUGCUAGUGACCAGAGAGAGAUGCAAGCUGCUGCUGUUGACCAGUGGUGCCAUCUAUUGACCAGUGAUGCCAACUAUUGACCAGUGGGGAAAAGUACUGACCAAUGGGGCUAGUGACCAGAAAAUAAUGUCGGCUACUGCUAGUACCAAGCUACUGAUCAGUGAUGCCAGCUACUGACCAUUGUUGCCAGACCCCAGACUACUGUGGGUGGAUAUAGUCAACAUCCAGCCAUUUAUCAUGACUAGUAGCCAAUGGUGAUGGCAGUUUUAAGAUCAAGAAUGAUGAUUAUUACUAGUCUUUGAAUACUGGUGGGAUUGAAGCUAGGCUGGCAAAAUGUAAGAGGAGGAGCAGCACUGAAGAGGACAUCCGGUAUGAUAAAACUAGACAACAUUAGGGCAGCUCAUGGGAAUGAAUCAUUGUUCACUGGUCAGCUAUGGUGGCAGAAUGGCAUCAUCAACUGUUGACCAGCAACAACUGUUGCCAAAGUGGCAUCGCCAAGUGCUGACAGGACUAUGGACGACAGCUAUGGCCACAUUGGUAUCAAAUGCAGAGCAGAAACUGACCAACAAAUGGCCUAAGUGGUCAAGGAAAGUGAAACAACUGACCAGUAGCUGUAGCCAACGUGGCAUUGCCAAAUGCAGACCAAGAACUCACAAUUGAGACGAUAGAGAAUGACUGGAUAAUUACAGAACUAUGAGAAUGACUGGGUUGCGGACCUUUGAUCAUGUCCAAAAUUAAAAUAACCAGAUAUAGAAAAAAAUGAAAUAACUGUUACUGAAAAUAGGACAAGUACAUUGUUGCUGAAUUACCGGCGGAGACCAAACAGGGUUUUAUAUGACAUUAUUGUCACUUGCCACAUUUGAUAAAGCAUCUUAAAUUAUUGAACAACAGCUGAUGGGUUUCUUAUUAUUUCUGAAACAGGCUGUUAAAUUAUGCCUUUUUGGUGAUUGCUGCAAUAAUGUUAUGAAUUUCACUGCCAUUUUUUUGUCAUUAUUUAAGAACUCUUGGAGCAGACGAAGCCAUGUAGAUUGCAUAUUUUGACCCAUUUGUGUGUGUCCUACUUAUUGGACUAUGUAAAUUACCACAGUUCAUCUGUAAAAAUUGCCAAGGGACUUUUAUUUGAGAUUAAGAAAUGGAUGAAGAAUGAUGAUUUUUGUCAUAAUCAUUUGAUGAAUCAGGAUAAAUGGAAAUUCAAAGUGAAUUAUUUGCUGCUGACAGUAUUCGCGUUGUUUUGCAGAGCAAAAUAAGUUGGAUAUUUUAGCAAGAUAUUUGCCAAAAAGUUGAAUGGGAGCGUUAUUUAAUGGUAGUGCAGUUAGAAAAUUAGCAUAAAAUAAGUUCUGCUAUAUGCAAAACAAAGUUUUUUUAACAAUUUUGUCAAGUUGUGUUUGGUGGUAAUGCAUGUAAAAGCACCGUUUUUUGAACCUUUGCUAGUACAGUGGAAAAACAGUGGAGAAAAACUUCUUGCUUAUUUUUCUCCAGACUUCUUUGAAAAACAUGCAAAAUUUAUCGGUAUUUUUAGCCAAAAUUGCCAUUUAUGUUUGGUAAGUCUUUACUCUGAUGGAUAUUUUUUACUGUUUGGUUAAGAAAAGGCGUGUCAGCAUUAUUGCCUAAUUUUUCGCUAGAUCAACAAUGAACCAUUUUUAAAUUUUUUUUUGAAAGAGAAAGGUAUUUUUCUGAUGAAACUGAUGCUUAAUAUGAAACUUUUAGUAUGUCAAGUACAAUGUUUUAGUACUGGGACAGUUACUGGGCAUGGAUUAAAAUGAACUUUUCUGUAAAUGGAUUAAUUUCUUAGUUUUUAGUAGAUAACUAGUAAACUGUGAAAAAAGUA